AUGAACUUCACUUGUGGAAAUAAUACGUUGCUCAACAUAGGCGUUGAUUAUUUCAAAGAGCUACAACAGAGCCAAAAACCUUCAAAUUCUUCAGUUUGCACCGGGGCAGCUGGCCUUGACUCACAGGAAGGGAUGAUGCAUGUUGAGGAGUUUUCAAAGGCAGCUUUCGGCUCUUCCAUCUUUAUCAUCAUAGUUUCGCCCAUGACAAUCGUGGCCAACAGUUUGCUUCUUGUAACUUUUCUCGUCGAUCCACUCAAGAUUUUCCGCAACCCAACCAGCUACUUUCUCAUCGGUUUGGCCAUCGUGGAUCUCCUAACGGCACUGAUACAAGAACCUAUCUAUGCCACCUGUUUCAUGUUGAUGUAUUUCCAGCAUCCUUCGUGGACGAAAUGUGAAUCUUGGAUGGAAUUUGCAUUCUAUUUUUCAGCAUUUCCAGUCUCAAUAUCGGCAUCUAUCGUUUUUGCCUUUACAUUGACGCAGUACAUCGUAGUUACAUCGCCUCUGAAGCUCGGCCGCAUGAUUACAAAGAAGAAAGCCUUACUUAGCGUUUUUGCUAUAUACCUCUAUCAUACGCUUUUCUGUUGUUUACCACUGAUGGGUAUUCCACAGAAGACCAAACACGCCAUUGACUUAUUCUUUCACAGGUACGCUGUUGUUCUCGUCACCAUCGUGGUAUACAUUAUUCUGCAUUACACCAUGAAAAAGAAAAUGACCGCAGGGCGCUCACUCCAAAACGAAGGCUCAUCCACUUCUCGCGAGGAGGGAAGACACGCUCAGGUGCAGCGAAGCUUUGUCCGUAUAAAUGUCGUUCUUCUCAUUAUUAUGAUCAUGUUUUUCGUGCCUUCAGUUCUACUGAUGACAAUCAGAUUUUUUCUGGACGACAUAUUUACUGCUCGGUAUGGGAUACGGGUUCUCGUUGUAAAUUUGAUGACCGACAACGUGCUUUACCUAAAAUUUCUGUUUGAUCCGAUUGUGUACGCGUGGCGCAUGUCCAAGUACAGGAAGUCUCUGAAAAGCACUGUUUAUCGUAAUAAAGAUAAACAGUCCAGCAGAAGCGAAGGCGAGACUAAGAUCACAGAUGCAAGAGGUCAGAUAGGUGAGCUAACAAGUGCUGAACUGAACAAGUCAGCGAUAACUUUACUCAGCUUCAAAAAUGUCAGCACAGAUUAA